AUGACAUACUUUGCUGACCCCUGGUUUCAGCUAAUGUGCUGUGUCUUUUGUAACAGAUCGGCUAGGACACUGGAGGCAAUUUUGAGCGGUCAGAUAUUAUUACUUUAUGUUUCAACAAUUUUGGCUGUAUGUCUUGGAAUGGUAGUGCUGACCCUGGCCAUCGAAGAUGUUUAUCUCCUGUUAACAACGUUUGUCGCAUUUGGCUACUGUAUGUUUCAAAUGUUUUCCUUCUCUUAUCUCGGCACUGAGCUCAUAGAGCAAAGCGAAGCAGUAGCGGAUGGGAUUUUCAAUAGCAAAUGGUAUGAGGAGGAUGUAAAAGUACAGAAAAAUCUUAGCUUCGUACUGAUGCGAACAAAGAAGCCGGUAAGAUUGACUGCAGCAAAGUUGUUCGUUGUAACACGUGACUCCUUCACCCAGGUAAGGCGUGAACCUUAUAUGUUAUUAACUAUAGUUUCUAUCAGUUAACUGCUGUUUUGAUAUUUUGUAGGUAAUGAAACAGGCUUACACUAUAUUUGCAUUGAUGUCCCAAUUUCUGGACGACAUUGCGAAUUAAACUUUUUAUCUAAGCAGUGCGUGCCACAUCACAAUAGCACAAUAUCAUUGUGAACGAGCGCAUGUUUUGCUAUGAAUUUAAGUAGUUCAAUUUUAGUAGAUCAAAAUCUAAAUAACCAUCAUCGUCAGAUUUUGCGGAGCGCCUGAAAGUAUACACUGUGAUGUUUUAUCACAGCUUCUACAGGUUAUGGUUAGAUAUAGCUUGCUGAUGUUAAAAACAAAUGUUUUCAAUAAAUCAUAUUACACGCUUGUCUUGCUUAAUCCAGUUUGUAGCUGGGCAAGAAUUAAGCUAUAUUUACAUCCAUAGUCAACACUUAGAAAUUUAAAUAAAAUUAC